GUAGAGAUUUAUCUUUUAUGGAGCUAAAGUAUCUUAGAAAGCACAGCCUCUAAGCAAAGGAAGAAGAGAAAGAUUUGCCGUCAACAUUUUUAAGAUUUUCUAAUAAACUCUCAAGGAAAUAGCAAUGUCACAGGAUUUUAAAUACUUAAACAUAGUGUUUAUAAUCAGUGGUGGUGUGUUAACAUGUUUAAUUUUGUUCAUUUUCGCUAAAAGGCAAAUUACAAGGUUUGCCCUUCGAUCCCGCAGAGGCCCUCACAUUCCAAUUGGUACUGAUGCUAAGAAAAGGCUGAAAAGGGAAAUAGAGCGGCGCAUAGAAGCAAUUCCGCGUAUAUGUUACGAACCACGGUUGCUGAGUGUAGAGCCGUCGCAUUACAUACUCGAGCCACAGCAGCCAUAUCAUUAUCGAUUUCGAGCUGUGGAUGAUGUAAAGACGCUUGAAGAAGAAAUAGCACGCCAAGAUCCCGGUCUUCGUCGACAUCCUCGAGAGUCACUGCGUGCCUUCCUGCUUUCCUCUUUAGCCGCACCAUUAGACGGCAAGGGUCAGAAGUUAGUCCAUCAGUUCUGCGAUACAUACGAGUUUGCUCGUCAUCACCCGGGCGAUUUUGGAGAAGACGAAUACCAGACUUACAGUCGACUAUUGUUAAAACUGCUUGACGCGUGA